AUGGCCGAGCGAGGAUCAGGAUCCUACCCGCACGCGCAGGCAGGGAUGACUCAGUCGGUGAAGACACUAAUAAUUGGACUCACGCCCUUGCAUGGCCUCGACCGGCCGGGUCUCACGACGGGAGCAAUGGCCUCAUCUACACCCCAAACCGCACUUCUUUCCCCUUUGGACCAAUGCAUGCCUAGGAUCUACACCACCCUAUUUCUUGUCUUCGAGACACCCGACCCAGCCACCGCAGUUGAAAACCUCCGAGCUGGUCUGAAGAGGCUCAAUAAACAUCUUCCUUACCUCAAAGGCCGGGUAUUUGCAGCAGAUGGCGGACGGGCUGCACUACGAUGGUCCCCGAAGGACGUGGACGUUGAGCUACAGGAGAUGCCUACCGAUGGGGUGGUUCUAUUAGGGCUAAGUUUUGAAAAAAUCAGAACCGAACGCGCACCACUACACUACUUCCCUCCUACCAUCAGCCCUCUUUCGAGGUUCGCCAGCCUCAACUCGGACUCGGGUGCCGCGGUUUUUGCGGCCACCUACGGGCUGGUCGACGGUGGUAUGAUCCUGGGGCUCUCGGUUGAGCACAACGUAAUGGACGGCACCGGCGUGGUCGAGCUGAUCCGCUUCUGGGCCGCUUGCACACGGUCCGACAUCACCGACGCGGCAACAACACCAACACCUGACCCCAAUGAGCCGAUCUACCGCACCACGCUGCUGCGCCGGGCGACAGGACUGGAUGUCACGGAGGCCCAACGCCAGACACCGCCAACUUUCAACGACCUCCUCGCCCGCCACCCUGAAUUCCGCCUACCCUCCACCACCACGCCAACAACAACCCCUUCUACUUCCCUCCCCUCACCCCUAGGCAUCUCCAAAAUCUUCACCAUUUCCCUCACCAAACUCGAAGCCACCAAAACCACCCUCCAAUCCCCCCACCCCAAUACAACCCCACCCCCAACCACCAACAGCAUCCUCUGCGCCACCCUCUGGUCCUGCAUCACGCGCGUGCGCACCGCCCGGCGCCGCAAGACCAACACUACCACCACCACCACCCCUUCCUCCUCCGCAGCAACACCAGCAGCAGCAGGACCAGAAGAAGAAGUGAAAGCGGGACAUUCCCAGCUCGGCUUCGCCAUCAACGGGCGCGCGCGGCUCGGCGUGUCUUCCGGGCUGGCGGACCCGCAGCGGCCGUUUCUGGGGAAUGUCAAUCUCUAUGGGCUGGCGGGGAUGGGGGUGGAUGUGUUGGGGCGGGCUACUGCUGCUACUGCUAGCACUGGCACUACCGGCACUGCUGCUGCUGUGGCAGAGGACGGUGAGCGGGUGGAGGCGCUGGCGCGGGUGGUGCAGGCGAUUGGGGAGGCGGUGGGACGGGUGAGGGGGGGGUUUGUGGGCGAGGUGUUGGAGUUGGUUGAGCGUGUGCCGGAGGGUGGUGGUGGUGGUGGGUUUUUCCUCCUGCCUGGUUGGGAUGCGUUUCAUGGGAUGGAUGUCACGGUUACGAGCUGGGCGAAUAUGGGGGUGUAUGGGGUGGAUUUUGGGAAGGGGGUGGGGAAGCCGUGCUUUAUGAGGGUGCCGCGGGCUGAGACGGACGGGUUUGUGAUUGUGUUGCCGCGGAGGAGGGGGGAGGUUGUUAAGGAGGAGGGGAUUGAGGUGGUGGUGGCGAUGCACCCUGAGGAUAUGGCGGCGUUGGAGGGGGAUGCUGUUUGGAGGAGUUAUCUCCUUCCUGAUUCUGGAUAA